UUUCUCUAAUCAUCUUCUCAAAAGAAGAAGAGAUCCGACGUCCCUCACUCUCUCUUCUCUCAAUCUCCCUUCUCCUCCGCGCCUCUUUAGCCGGAAAACAGCAAACCAAACGACCCCAGCACUGCAACCAGCAGCCCCUCACGCUGCUUCUCCUUCGAGCAGCGAAGGCGCGCAACGAGACGCUGCAACCGGCAGCAACAGCUGCAACUGGCAGCAACCAACGCCGUCGUCUCCCUCGCUUGCCAGCAGCCAUCGACGAACAGCACCGGCAGCCAUCGACGAACAACAGCAGCAGCCGCACCAACCAGCAGCUCAGCAUCAACCAGCAACACGAUUUUACAUGUUUACAAAUAGCCAAAGGCAAGAAGAGCGCACCGGAAAAUAUGGGACUCCAAGGGUGCAGUACCUUCAGGAAUUGGUGAAUCAGUUUCAGAAUGCAUCUGCUGAAGAGACAAAAGAGAAGAUUGUUGCUAAUUUGGCGAACUUUGCAUAUGAUCCUUUCAACUUUACCUUUUUGCGCCAGCUUAAUGUUAUAGAACUUUUUCUCGACUGUUUAACUGAGCCUAGUGAGAAGCUUGUGGAAUUUGGGAUUGGAGGAAUCUGCAAUGCUUGUGCUGAUCCAGCUAAUGCUGCUCUUGUCACUCAAAAUGAUGGUAUCCCUCUCGUCAUCCAGUGUUUGUCAAGUCCUGUUAGGAACACGGUGAAUUAUGCUCUAGGAACUUUGUAUUAUCUAUGCAAUGCAUCAAACAAGGAAGAGAUCUUAAAGCCUGAAGUAAUUGAUGCAAUCAAGAGUUAUGCAGCUGCAGUUGGAGUUGGUACAAGCUUCAGUAAUUUGGCUCAGGCUUUCUUAGAUAAACAUGUUCCCCAGCUUAAUUAAAAUGGAGGAAACAAAAGAUACUGUUGUAAAAUCAUUACUACAUUUUCUAUUCCUACUUAUUUAAUAUGCUUUAUUUGAACUGAUUAUCUAUCGAAAACAACCUCUUAGUAA